CUAGGGCAAUGUUUUGAUACAGUGAGGCUUGUGCAAAUGUUGCAGAGAAUUUAAUCAACAACAACAAAAUGCAAACAGUGCCGCGUCAUAAAACAGUGAGUGUUUGAAUAAUGUAGAAAUGUCCCGACAGAGAUGUGCAAACUUGGCAAUAUGUUGAAAUGAUAUUGUAAGUUAACUUUAACAUGUUUGUGGCAAGAGGGAAGAAGCUGUUGGAAUGUCUGCUGGUUUUAAUUAAAUACACUGUAAUUCUGGUUCUGAAAUGCUUAGGAAUUUCUCCAAAAAGAAAUGGAAGCCAUUUAUUCCUUAACUCCUUUGAUUUUGGCAGGUGAUGCAAAGUUUUCCAGAAGAAACAGCUGCAUUGUCAUGCAGCCAUUUUUCCUGAGAUGAGUGGGGGGGUACCAACCACAAAGUGGGCAGCAGUCCAUUCUUCUGCAGGACAACCUUUAUGAUGAACAAAGCUACAUUGCUGCUGUUUUAUUGCCUGUUCAUAUCUACAUCAGGCUCCCCACUAUACCCUUCCAUCAGAUUUGGCCAAAGGGACACAUCGAUCCUGAUGACAUCUUCUCUAAAGAAUCCAGAGCAGGUGGAUGACGCAAGUUCUGCCCAAGACAGAACUGACCUACGCUUUGGCCGCCAUGCUGAUGCCAUCUUUACAAACAGUUAUAGGAAAGUGUUGGGCCAAAUCUCUGCCAGGAAGUUCCUUCAAACCAUCAUGGGCAAGCGUCUCGGAGACGAAAGUGAGAGCUAUAUGAAACGCCAGUCAGAUCUCUACGAAGGAACCUAUAAAGAAGAUCUGACGUCCAUCCAGAGCAAUCAGAGAUACAGAGGACUUCGUGGAAUGCCAUGAGGCGCAGACUGCAGAGCGGAAAGGACACAGAUUGAAAAGCAGCUCAUUCUCAAAACCAUCACGGCUUGUUUUAUUGUACCUCUAUCUUCACAGACAAUAUGAUGUGCUUUUUUCAUUCUCAUUGAAGCUGUUCCAAAUGUUCCAAACAGAUGUUGUUUUUUUUUUGCAUUCCUCAACUUUCCCAGUCUUUUGUUGCCCCUGUCCCAGCUUAUUUGGAACAUGUUGCAUGCAUCAAAUUCAAAAUUAGAGAAUAUUUGCAAAAAAAACCCAAAAACAAUAGCGUUCAUCAGUUUGAACAUUAAAUAUCUUGGAUUUGUAGUGUAUUCAGUUGUAAAUGGGUUGAAAAUUAUUUACAAAUCAUUGUAUUCUGUUUUUAUUUACAUUUUACACAACGCCGCAACCUCAUUGGAAUUGGGGUUUGUACAUUUACACUAUAACAUCUAGACCAGUGAUUUCCAACCACUCUGCAGUGUGGCACAUUAGUGUGCCAUGAGAGAUCAUCAGGUGUGCUGUGGAUCCACUUCUUGGCAUUCAAACCACA